GCAAACCUGCUUUUUGGUUAUCAAGUUGGUUACUUCGGGUCAACUGUGGCGAAAAUCGUGGCGAAAAUCGGUGGAGACGAAAAUCGUGGCUUGCCGAACACAGCCACUUCAGACAACGAACAUACAAUACUUCACCUCUGUAGUAUACAGAUUAUUCAUUCGCGUCCUAUCCUUCAGCUUCACAGGGGCCAUGAGCCAAACUACCUUAAUAACUAUGCAAUACAUUUGACCGAAUGUCGGGCUUGCAUCAUCCAUACCGAGUAUUUCCAAAUUGCCUGCAGGAUUGGCGCAAUAGUAUCCGAUACUAAAGGUCGGGAUACGCACGGCGAUGCGAACACGAGGCGAAUGGGCGUGCCAGACCUCGAGUCGGCCGCGGCCGUCCCAAACCGCGAGUUGGACGCGUAGGCCGGUGGCGAUAAAAGGGGAAGUGAUACGCUUCCCAUCACCGCUUGAUAAGAGGUUUUGGGGAGGUCGACCCAAUGACACGUGCAGGAGGAAAGUGGGCUCUGUUGAGUCGAAUCUUCAAUCAAUGUCUGGUCGGAUGCCUAGUACUACGCCGGUUAGUAUGGCUGAUCCCUUUGCUUCGCAACCUGGCCGCCCUUUCUUCUCCUCGACGUCUGACUGGACGCCGCGGCUGUUUCGCACGGCAUUGCCCGUUUGGCGCGAGAAUGGGGGGACAAUACCAACGGCUGCGGCGGAUACCCAGUUGAACCCGUCGUCGCAUCAGCGGGGGCUGCGUGGGCGAGUUCGCGCUUCAAUUGGCUUGCAUGUGACCAUGGUGUGGUGCCGUCAGGUGCAAUCUCCCUUCCCGCGCUGUCAAGUGACCACCCGUCAUGACCUCUUAUAUCGACGACAACCGGGAAUUGGUGUCUCCAUCCAGGUUUUGUCCACGUACCAGAUCGCCUGCUCCGGGCGUCAGUGCGGCAAACGGCGGAUAGCGGGAGCCUGGAGUCCGCGUGCGUACCCUGGUCGGGAAGCCAAAGGAGGCAACCAGGACCAAAAAUAGCAGCCACAGUUGGUGAGGCCCGUGAGGCGAUGGGGCUGGAGCUGGGUUCCGUUAAGGGUAUAGCCGGCAAUCGGCCAUGCUUGUCUCUCCAGGUACCUGCCAGACCAGGGUAGGAGGGGACCGGAAGGAAAAAAAGAAGCUAGACGAC